AUGUCCUAUGACCACUCGGUCGCAGACAUCCGAAGCCUUGGUACGCAGCCAGCCACCAUCAGCCCGAAUCUUCUGCAAAAUCUUCCAGUGGGCCUUGGAGUGCUCCUGCGCAGCCUUGACAGCCAGGCGUGCCUCAUCCUCACGAAGUUGAGCAUCGUGCAGUUGCUUGAUCUGGGCACGAAUCCGAUCCUCCAGACCCUCCUUGGUACGCUGGAGACUGCAGACAAGACCCUGCUGCGCAGCAAGCUGGCUACGCGCAUUGUCCAAAUCUUCGGUGGCCUUGUGCAAUUUGCACAACGCGUCCGAAAGCCUCUUGUUGAGAUCCUUGUUCGUGACACCGAGCCCUGCAAUUUCAGCCUGGGCCUUGGCGAGUUCUUGGGUCAUCUUCUUGACUUCGGUCUCCUUGGUGACGACUUGCUCCUUGGUCACGGCCAGUUCCUUCUCGAGCGUCUUAAUGAGAGCUUCGCGCUUGCGGUCAUUUUCGGCAUCUUCCUUCAUCCAGCGCUCCAUCUCCGCCUUGUACUUCUUGAACUCCUCCUUUGUCAUGUCUUGCUCGAGCUGGGCCAAGAGCUUCUUGUACUUGUCAUCCAACUGGAUGUAGCGAUGCUCACUGCCAUCAAGAUCACGUUUGAGUUGCAUGUUGAUGGCUUCCUUCUCAGCAAUGGUCACUUCGAGACUGUGGAUUUCUCCCCUGGAGAUAUCGAGCUGCAUCUCAAGAGAAUGAUUUGCGGCCAUUAG